GGGGGUCGCGGCUUCAUUCGCUACCAUUGAUGCCUGUAGGAAAAAAAAAAAGAAAAAAAAAGAAGUCCGCAAAAAACAUCGAAGGACACUUGUGCCUCUUUCCCACUUUGGCCUCCCUCUUUGUCGAGCAUCAUUCAUUCUUCCACUCUCAAUGACACAGGGGAGCAUCCGUUCUCAAGAAGAGAGCCAUAGUAGAGCCAGCAGCAUUACCAGAAGUAGUCGAGGCAGGAAUAGUCGCAACGACACCAGAACACCAUCCCCUACAUCGCUACUGCGAAGACAUCCUUCGAAUCAGGAACACCACUACCACGACCAGGACCAGGACCUGGACCUGGACCUGGACCUUGAACCAAUCAUUCCAGCGGAGGAAACCUCGCCCUCAUCGGACGUCCCUUCGUUCCUGGGGUCCGUGUGGAAUCUGUUUAGGGAAGCAAAAGACGUUGCUUCGAGAGAGCUCGACAAGCUGCUGGACCACUUCCCAUACAAGGAUGCUGCCCGACCCCACGGCACCACAGAGGAGGAUAGCGCCUCGACUCUAGAUCGAGUGUUGACUGUAAGGAAGCCAGGAUCAUCCACCACUGUGUUUUCAGAGUCUUCGUCGGCACAUCCACCGAAAUCGUUUCUUGGACACGGACCACCCACGAAACCAAGAGGGCAGUCAUCAAAGCACAGGCACCGGACUCUCACAAAGAGACUUUUGGACCAAGGUCUGAAAGAUCAUGUCAACGAUGUCUCGCCAGUGAAGCAGCUACGGGCAUCAACCUCAACGCCUACGCGGCUACAUCCCGGUCACAACAAGAACUUUAUAAAACGAACGCACCAUCAUUCAAACGUCCACUCAGACACAAAUUUGAUGGCGGGGCAACCACCUCCGCAUACAACUAUUCGUAUGGACUACGAGGCAGGUGCGGCAAAGCGCUCGCGACGUCCUUCUGUGUCCGAAUCAGAUACACAAUCAAUCACUGAACCAUUAUCGCCGCGAAAGCGCCUGCCUGGAGACGAUACAAGGACCUCGACGAAGCGAUGGCGACAUCCCUCUGAUUCUGUAACGAAUAUGCAUUCUGCUCAUCACAGGGCGCCACAUCAACCACACACGCACCAUACUCCCAGGCGUGAUGCACAUCAUAUGCGACAGCACUCCCACCCUAUCGCUCGGACCAAAUCUCCUAGAUACAGCCUGCUCGGAGAAUCGCUGGAACAUGGCCUUGAUGCCACUAGGGCACAUUCGUCGCCCGCUAUAUACCCACAUUCACAAGAAAAUCGUGCAAAAUCUGUCGCAGAGUUCAAACACCAUCCAUCGCCAUUUUUGUCCACAGUCGUUGCCGACUCCCUCAACAAUCCUUUUGUAACUUCUAGGGGACCCUCGCCUUUACCAUCAAUGUUUAUGGACGCCUCCCCCGAACAGCAUUUUCGGCAUUCUACCGGUUCAACUUCCAUUGAAAGCGAGAAGCUGAAUGAACUGCAGCAGGAAUUAGCGGCAAUUAAAGAACAGCUGAGGUCGUUAGUAUCAGCGCGAGAGGAUGAGCAAUACAGGUUACAAUAUUCACCUAUCCGAACUAGCUCUCCAGUACCGCCUCCACCACCUCCGCCAUCAUCAUUGGGACAAUCAAGAAAAUGGACCCCUCUACACAGUGAUGCGACCCGGUCUAUGCAAAACGUCUUGAAAGAAUUGAGCUCCUCCAAAAUUCAGCUGCGGAAGACAGGCAGCCCUUUUGUCAGCCGAAUUUCGUCCCAGAUAGAUGACCCGUCUUCUUCCAAGUACACCAGUGUCGCGAUCAGAUCGAAGAGCGAAUCAGACACUCCAUCCAAAGAUACAUCAACACUCAGCCCUACGGAUGUUUCGUCGGUACCAACUGCAAAGGUUUUAUCUUUUGACAGCCCACUAGCAGCGGCUGUAAGGAACGGACUCGAACUGUCCGAGGGGUCGGAUGAGGAUCUCCAAUGGCAUAGGCUUGCUAAUAAAACAUGAACUUAUUGGCAUA